GGGUGGAGACCUGCUUAUAUGUGGUAAAGGGUAGCCGUUCUUCGUAAAGCAGAAUCUCUGCGUCGGUAGCGUCGUACCUGAAAGACUUGCAGUCUGGUGGUUCCGUUUCGAGAAAAAAACGCGAAUGGGUUUGAUUUUAUACUCAUGUGUGUCGCGAACGCCGGAGUCUUCAGUCGGCAUCCGGUAAUAGACCGUAGUGUGCGAACGAGCUGGAGUAUUAUUUCGAGUUAUCUGCUUCGUUCCCGAUAGCAUCAUCAGUGAGGUGAUACCAAUCUUUCACACUUUGGUUCAAUAAUUGUUAAGGACACGGACGGCAAACUAAAAGAUCGUGUGAAUGAAAAUGUAGUUUUCCUUUAUAUACGAUAUGUUCGAGGACGAAUUUCAACUGGAUUGAUAAUACGACAACUAUGAGUUGGAAAAUUUUGGAAAUAUUGAUCGCGAUCGUUUGUGUAACAUCAGUAACUGGUGCGCAAGAAACACCGGAAAAGCAACUGGUUAAAAGGAGUUACGUGUGUCCUCCAAAUUUCGUCAGGUUGAGUCACAGGUGUUACUUCUUCAGUGGGGAACAAGCCACAUGGCAAGAGGCCUAUUAUCAGUGUCAAUCCAUGCACAGCAACCUGGCCAUAAUAAAGAACAACAAUCAGGAUAAGCUUAUAAGGAAGACGUUGAACAGAAAGACGUUGGUAUCUUUUAUUGCAGAACCUCUGGAAAGGUGGUUGGGAGGAGUUUACGAUUGGCAUCAAAAACAGUGGAAAUGGGCCGCUUCCGGGAAGCCUUUGACCUAUAAAGGAUUUGCUGCCGAUGAAAAUCAGAAAGACAACAGUUUAAAAUGGCACUGCAUUAUCAUUGAUCCUUCUGCGCAAUUCAGGUGGAGCAGUCGAAGUUGCCUCGAGCGGAAGCAUUUCAUCUGCCACAAAAAACUCAUGACAGUAACCAACAGAGAUAAGAAGAAGCUCCUGCGACAGUACAACGUGAAUAAACUCAACGAAAUACCGGUUCCCGACAUACAAGGCGAUAUUCUCGAUAAAAAAUCCGCAGCUAAUUUAAAGCUACACCGACCAGCGAACUUAUACCAAAUCGAAUUAAACAAGGACCUUAAUGCUCAAUACGCAUAUAGAACCAACAAAAGGAAAAAAAAUAAAAAGAACAAAUGGAAACUACCUCCACCUCAGAUCCGUCAGUAUACCAAUGGUACCAUAUACGUGGAAAAAUCUGCGGUGGACAAUUCAGACGUUCCCACAGUGGUGACGGUCGGGAGCAGCUACAAUAGGAAACGGAGAAAUAGAAUCAAAGAUGACGAGUUGCUGAAGAAACCCAUGGGCAAGCUAAAAUGGCGAACGUACAAAGAAAUGGACAUAAAACACCCGUUGCACCCUCGUCCCAUAGUUGAGGAAUUUAAUUUGGUGAAAGAGCGGUGAAAUUUUGAGCGAAUUUUUGUGUAAUUGUGCGUGUGCAUAUUUAUUUUCCAAAUACGAGACGAUCGAUAACAACUUUUUAAAUAUAUCAAUCGUUUAUUACUAAGCAAUGUACAUAAUUCUUACUUGAAUCCUAAAUGUCCAAUAUUUAUUUUUGAGAACGUGCUGCUUGCAAAUGCA